AUGACAACCUCACAUAGACCUCAGUUGGAGGCGCGAAAUGGUGCCAAGGAAAGCUAUGUUCCAACUAGCAUUCAACACGCCAGGCUUCUUCCUGGACAUACCAAGAUGAAGUACAGGAAGCGGAAACUAGAUGGUAUAGCGGAUGCUUCAAUCGAUGGCAAGCGAAGGAAACCUCAACAACCCUCUACGAUCACAGAUAACUUAAGGAACGAAGCAUCACAUGAGCUCGAAGCCAGUUUGCGUGAAGAAUCAGGAAGCGAGGGAGACGAUGACGAUGACGAUGACGAAGAGGAAGAAGACGAAGGAAAGAGCGAUUACGAGGACGAGGAUGAAGAGGAGGAAGACCAAGAAGCUCUGUUGGAAGAGCUACACAAAAUCCGGCAAGAGCGCAUGGUUCAAAAGCUCAAAGAGGAACGAGAGAAACAAGAAGAAGAAGGUGAACUCAACACCCCGGUAGAACUCCCAACAGUUCGCAAGAGCUGGCGUUCUCAGACAGUGUUGGGUCGCGAAAAGUCGAAUAAAAACACUGAGCUCACUUCAAAGGAUCCAAAAGAUGACUACACCAACGAUAUGACCAAAAGUAAGUUCCAUCAUGAUUUUCUGCGCAAGUAUGUCAGGUAA